UUAUUCUGACUUCCUCUUUGAAAUUUGUCAUACAAAUCCCAGACAAAUUUUAGUUAUAUGUUCACGUUUAAAAAAUUAAAAAAAAUGUAUUAAGAAGAGGUGAUUUAUAAUUUUUGGACACUUGUAUAAGAAUGUAUACAUCUUUCAUACAAGCAAAACAUUCAUAGAUAAAACAAGUAUUUCGGAAGGCUGACAAACAGCGACAAUUUUCAGCAAUGGGAAAUAUUGCUCAUAUACCGUCGAAAACUGAAGAAAGUGUUGACGAGAUUGACCUUUCAAGCACCGAGGUUGGAUAUCCAGCUCCAACAAGUCCCAUCCCGUUGCAUGAUAUUUUCGAGUGCAAAGAACGCUGGUUAACAAAUACUUUUAAUAAUGGAAGCGAUGACGCAGAAUUACUGAAGAAUUUGAACCUUAUUACAUUGGACCUGAACACGAUGUCAGAUGAAUAUGUCGACGAUGAAGCGACAGGUCGCCCACAUACUGCUGCUGCUGCUGCUGCUGAUAAAAGAUUGGCUUUCCCGUUUGCUAUGAUCGACAAUCAUGCUAGGAUGGCUGAUCCAAAGUUACUUGAUUCCUUUGAAGAACUUAUCGGGUAUUUGAAGAAGCCGUUGUUGCACGAUCCAUAUAUAAAGAUCAAAACAGCAAGAGCUAUUCUUGUAUGGCUAAGCCGGCAGAAACUAGAGGGGAAAAGCUAUGGCAAAAAGGGCACAGACACACCCAGAGGCUUAAUCCAGUACCUGAAAGAGGAGAAAAUGUCAUACACUACAUGUUACGCUAUACUUUGCAGAAAAGCUGAUCUGCAGUGUGCUGUUAUAAAAGGGUAUGUUAAGAUAGAGGGGAGUGAUGACGGCUCACAACCUCUUACUUCUUGGAACGCUGUACAUGGAGAAACAGGGUGGCAAAUUGUCCAAGCCUACUGGACAUGCAGGGCCAUGUUUGGUUAUAAGUCUGGUGAUUGGACAAAAGUUGAAGAGGAUGGGAAAACGAUGUCAAAAAAGGAAAAGGCAUCUUCCGGAACGGAAAAGAAUAUCUUUGAUGAAAGAUAUUUCAUGCCUGAUCCAGAGCAGUUCAUUUACCAAUGUUGUGCUGAAAACAAGGAAUGGCAACUUGUUCCUACGCGUUCAAUGGUAUCAUCUUAUGUAGAGUUUGCAAAGAAACCUAUUUUAUACUUUUCUUUCUUUGAUCUCGGCCUUCAGCUAAUCAGUGAACAAAACUGUGUUUUAGAGUCUAAAGAUGGCUUCUGUAAAAUUGAACUAAAAGCUAAACCAAGUAAUGCUCAUCUGAUUUCAUUAAGCUACGAGUUGUAUAGAAAAGAGCCUGAUGUUGAACCAAGUGGUGACAAAGCAAAGAGAAAUGAAAGGAAAAAUGACGGCGAAGAAGAUUAUGCUAGAAUGGUUUUCAAUUCAAGAGCUGCUGAAGUAUUCACGUUUGACAUUAGGUUUCCAAGGACUGGUUUCUACAAACUAGUUAUUAGAGGGGGUCCACAUACAUCAGGAUAUAGAUCAUUAUGCGAAUUCAGACUUAUCUGUAAUCAAGAAAUGGUUGGUCGUAGCCUACUGCCUAUCGAUUGCGGUAAAAUUGGAUGGGGUCCAGGACCUACAACAAAAGAAGCUGGCCUUCUAUUACCAUCUAAACCAAGUGGGCUCAUACCCGUGAGUACAACUGACCGGAAGACAGACGUGAAAUUUCAGCUGCGCGACAUGACAGAAAAAUAUACUGCUGUUGUACAUGGUGAAGUAAGCGGUCGAAGACAGAAACUGGACAAUUCCGUGCACGUCCAGAAAAUAGAACACGCACAUCAGCUUGUCGUCGACGUUUCCCUUCCAGAUAGUGGAGAAUAUGGUCUGUCAAUACAACACAUGGAUAAAAAGAAACAAGAUAGUGAGUGGGAGAAUGUCUGUCACUAUCUUAUAUCAACAUUGACCUACAAGUAUGAACAUGCAAAUGUAAAACUUGCGAAAAAGUGUCUUAAAGAUGUGACUGAAAAACUUGAGGAGCCAAGACUGUGGAAGAAACAAAUAAAAGAAAUACAAAAGUGCAUUGUUAAGUGUAAGAAAGAGAAGGUACCCGACAAUGCCGAUGAAAUGAUCACAGCCAACUCAAUGCUUGUUUUCCUGACCUGCAAGGACAAACUAAGAGACUGUGUUCUUCGUAGAAAUAUUCACGUGAUCGACAAAACGUUAUCCAUUGUGAGUAUGUACAGGGAUCAGGAUGCUUUGUCCGGAGAGCUGACUUUUGUAAAACAAUUAAGGAAUGACAUCAAAGCUCUUGGCGGUUAUGCUAGAAUGGUUCCGAGACUAGAAGAUGCACAUAAAGAAAUUAUAGCACUUAAACACGCGCCAGAAGAGGUUUACAACACGUUCAAAGCACUUUUGGUUCUUCUUGGGGAGUCAAAAUAUAAAAAUAUGGACUGGGCUUCAAUACAGGCCAGAAUGAAAGCAACUCAUGAUCCUGUUGUAGCAGUGUCUAUUCUUAGUAAGAUGACACAAAUUGAAAAGCAAGAAAUUGGAGAAGAUCGUGUACAAGAGGCCUCCGAAAUCCUUCAUAUGUACGACGAAAAUCAAGUAAGGAUGGUUAACACUGAUGCUCAUAGUUUUUAUGUUUGGAUUGAAAAUAUCAUUAAAGUUCACAAGAAGUUACCGUAAGGUAUAAUUUCAUAUUUGGACAGAGUAUAUCAGUGCAUGAAGUUGGCGACUGAUUCAUUUAACAUUGAGACGCUAUUUAAACUAUCUCACUGGACAUUGCGUCAAGUUUCCCCUUUAAAAUGUCUUGCAUAGUGAUACAGAGUAAACGUGAUAAAAGUGUAAGUCUUGAUUGCUGAAAAAAACCUUCUUCAAGUUAUUAAAAUCGUUUAAUACUUCUUUUUGACAAAGGCUUUUCUCGGCUGAAAGUUUAUUGUUGAUGUUUUUUUGUUAGUGUGUCUGUGUGUUUAAUACUUACAGUUCAUAUUUGUUCUUAUCGUUUAAAAACGUGUACACAUAUAAAUUGUUCCAGUUAUAAUUUUAUCUUUCAGUUUACGGUAUAUUGUACAUAAUGCUCUUUGUGUGUUUAAUCUUUCAAUGUUGUUUGAAUCAUAUAAUAAUUUCAAGAUAUGAUUGGAUUGGGUUGAAUAGUUCUUUUGAUGGAAAGGGAAUAGGUAAUUGUAGAAUUUUCAUUAUGUUUAUAAGAAACUUUAAGCAGUGUUGGAUUUGGAAUGUUUAAUAAAUUUAUUAUGUCAC